CAGGCUGUCUCUGGACGCUGCGUGGUGACGUCAUUUUCCCGCCAUCCCUGGAAUCAGUUCGGAUCGGCGCCGCCAUGAGCGACAGCAACGACUGGAUCAGCCGCCCCCUCCCCCUCAUACAGGGCAUCUUCGAUCAGCAUGGGCCAAACGCAGACUGGGAGAAGAAAGUCACGGCAUGUUUCCAGGAGAAACUGGAAGAGCAUAAAUCUGAUUCUGUGGUCCCCUGUCUCAAUGACGUUCCCCUGCAUUACCUGAAGCCAAACAGCUUGGUGCGGUUUCGCUGUAUGAUACAGGACAUGUUCGAUCCAGAGUUUUACAUGGGAGUGUUUGAAACGAUUGACCCAAAAACUAACUCCAGAUCACUUCAUUUUGGGAAAUACAGGGACAUUGCAGAUUGCCCACAGCAGGAAGUCGAUGUAAAUUCCAGGAAAACUGUCACCUCUGACAGGCAAACCUUCUAUUGCAUUCCCAUUCCGGGGGAAUCGACCUGGGCAAAAGAAGCAUACACCAACCUUGGCCAAGCUAGGGCAUGUGCAUCGACCUCCUACACUCCCAACCGCCACAAACGCAGCUAUGAGGACGAUGAGAUGAGUCCUCGCAAGGAGCAGAAUACAGGUGAUCACAGAUGUGGUGAACAUAAGAGAUUAGAAACUGAAUCUCACUCUGCACCAUCCAGCUGCACCCCUCCAAUUGACCUUAAUUUUCCCCUUCCUGGGGAGAAAGGGCCAGCCUGCCUAGUAAAGGUUUAUGAGACUUGGAACAGCUUUAAAGUAAAUGAUAUUAUUGAAGUGUACGGUGUGCUCUCAGUGGAUCCUCUUCUAAGUACCAUAAACGAUGAUUGGGACUCUGUCUCUGCUCUGGUUGAUCCCGCAGAUGGUAUGAACACCGUGGAGGAGCAGCGAGUACACAGUCCCCCUGCCUCACUGGUUCCCCGAAUUCAUGCUAUUGUCAUACACAAGUUGGAGCAUAACAACCCCCUGAUGCCAGUGAGAAUCCAGGACUCCGCCGAAGGCAAACUCUUUGUUUCCAGCUUCAUGUCGGAGGUGUCUGCUGUACGUGGUGAGCUGCAUGGCUUCCUGACACAUGCCUUUCUCGGGGACAGUCUGACUGCGGAAUUCCUCAUAUUGCACCUCAUCUCCACUGUCUACGCACGGCGCGAUGUGCUUCCGUUGGGAAAAUUCACACUUAACCUCAGCGGCUGCCCCAGAAAUGGCACCUUUACAGCAUUUCUCUACCAGAUCCUGCAGCAGCUGGUACCAGCGUCAUACUACCUUCCGAUGACCAUAGAAAACAUGAACACUUUGCGCUUUACCCCUCGUAAAGAUUACACCGCAAACCGGCUGGUGAGCGGCCUACUGCAGCUCUCCUCCCAGACCAACCUGAUGGUGGAUGAGACAGUGCUGGAGCAGGGACAGCUGGACACAGCAGGAGUGCACAAUGUGACCGCUCUGGGCAACCUGAUCACUUGGCAGAAGGUGGAUUAUGACUUCAGUUACCAUCAGAUGGAAUUCCCUUGCAAUAUUAAUGUCCUUGUCACCUCUGAGGGCAGAUCACUUCUCCCGUCAGAUUGCCAAGUCCUUCUGCAGCCACAAACUGCCCCACCCAGCAUAGAACAGUAUGUGGCGGCUCUGCUUACUGCAUCACUACCUUCCCUGCUCAACAAGUUCCGCAUCUACCUGAGCCUACUCCGAUUUCUGGAUUACAGCAUUUCGGAAGAGGUUACCAAGGCCGUUGAAGAUGACUUUGUGGAGAUGCGCAAGAAUGAUCCACAGAGUAUGAAUGCUGAUGAUCUGCAUCGGUUGUUGGUUGUAGCCAGGUUGGUGUCGCUUAGCGUUGGUCUGACCACACUAUCCCGAGACUCGUGGCUCCGAGCAAAACAGCUGGAGCAGCAACGGAAAGCUCGACUUCAGGAAAAGACCUAUCUGAAUGGGAAUGAAAUCUGAUUAGAUGCUCUCCUUUUGUAAUAGGGAAUCCUCCCUCCAUAAUACAUUUUAGAUAGGACGGAAGGCUUAUUUUUGUGGGUCCACAUUGCUUUGCUAUAAACUGAGACAGAUGGGCAAAUGACUGAAACCAGACUCAUUCUGGAAGAAUUGUUUUCUUUUAAACAUUCUAAAUCCUAACCAGUGCUUUAUUUGCUGGACAUAUUUUUGAUACCAAAAAAAUAAAUGUUUUGUUUAUAUUA